AUGGUGGAGUCCGGGCUGAAGGAGUCCGGGGUGGUGGAGUCCGGGGUGGUGGAGUCCGGGGUGGUGGAGUCCGAGGUGGUGGAGUCCGAGGUGGUGGAGUCCGAGGUGGUGGAGUCCGAGGUGGUGGAGUCCAAGGUGGUGGAGUCCGAGGUGGUGGAGUCCGGGGUGGUGGAGUCCGGGGUGGUGGAGUCCGGGGUGGUGGAGUCCGAGGUGGUGGAGUCCGAGGUGGUGGAGUCCGGGGUGGUGGAGUCCGGGGUGGUGGAGUGUGUUGGUGCCAAUGAGGCCGACCACAGAUGUGUUGACAAAACACAUGGUCCCUUUGCGCUAAACAAUUAA